GUACAGAUACUCGACUGAGGAAAUGGCCGUGCGCUUUCUGUCCGCAACGAGAAGAAAUCCGAUCGAUCUGUGCAGGUUAACACCAAGUGCGGUCACCAGGUCUGCCGUAGGCCUCUUUAGCACUGCGGCAGAGCAGCGUAGUGCUGGUGACGACUGCCAUGGUGAAGACAGAGAUGACGACCACAGUCAUGCCGUCACACACGUCCGGACCCUUGAGAUGAGAGCCAGAAAACUGGAGGAGCAGGUUCACGACCUCACCGAGCGAUACAAGCGAGCCGUUGCAGACUCAGACAAUGUUAGAAGAAGAACACAGAAAUUUGUAGAGGACGCCAAAUUGUUUGGGAUUCAGAGUUUCUGCCGUGACCUGGUAGAAGUGGCAGACCUUCUGGAGAAGAACUUGACGGUUGAGGAGAGCGAUGGAGCACAGCAGCUGGCACAAUACCUGGCACACAUUCAAGAGCGGCUGCAGGACAUCUUCACCAAGCACGGACUGGAGAAGAUGACCCCUGUGGGAACCACAUAUGACCCCUAUCAGCACGAAAUCGUCUGCCAUACUCCAGCCGAGGGAGCGGAGCCUGGAACCAUCGCCAUGGUCAAGCAAGACGGUUACAUGCUUCACGGACGCACCAUUCGCCAUGCCCUCGUGGGUAUCGCUGUCAAAACUCAAGAGCGGUGACAGGACUUUUGUUCACUUCUUGUCCCGCUAAUGUUUUUGUACACUCAUAGUUUGUACGAUGCUAUUGUUCUUACAUCUCUAGACGACUACAUGUUUGACUUACUCUUUGAAGUAAUGGUUAUUUAUAUGUAUUUAUAAAUGUUUUGUUGUUGUUGUAAGCUUCUACACCAGUUUUUGUUUUGAACCCCAUAUUUACACAAUGUCCAGUGCCCAUUUAAUGUCUGGAAAGGUUGUUUUUUUGUGUGUUGCAGUGUUAAAUUGACCCGGGAAAUGCACUUUACGCCUUUAUUAUAGUGGAUUCUGUAUGUGAUACUAGUUUAGAGGGAAAAGCAGCAUAUGAGAUUGGUGAGAAUAUUAGUAAACACUACAGUUUGAUGAUGUGUGUUUAACAACAGUUGAGGAUUUGGUUAUGAAUUAACAAUGAACAAUCAUGUUUAAGGCGUUUGUUCAUCAUGGUAAUGUUUAGUAGAUGUAUAUCUAAUUAGUUCAUUGUCCAUGAUAUUGGUAAAUGCUGUAAACCUUUAGCAAACGUUUAGUUCAUGGUCACUAAUGUUAAUGCAUAUAGCAUUAUUGUAACCUUUCCAGAAAGUUGUUGAAUGUGUAAAGUGUUGAAGGCCACCAGUAUCCAAAACAAAAGACAAACGUUUUCUCUUUUGGACGGGAGAAAUGCACAUUAUAAAUAGAUAUGCAUCCAAAGUGCAAAUGAGCUUCGUGCUAUUUGGGAGAUAAAGUGAACAUAAAAAAUAUUUAUGUAUUUAUUCUGUUUGAAAUAGUUUGCCCUGAUAGUUUACAUAUUUUUUGUAGCUUAGAAGAAGAACUGAAACUGUAAUCUAUUUACAUUUUCAUUUAAGCUGAGUUUUUACUCAUGCAAUUUUUUUUUGUAAAUGAUGGAAACUCUUUAGUUUUGAGUGGAUGUGUGAGGCUGAUGACUGAAUAAAAGUCUUUUCUUUUCGUUUGUUCA